AUGGGCCUUUUGAGUUCUGACGACAAGGAAAAGAUCAAAAGAGCACUGCCCAAAGCAGCUAACAAAAUCAUUGAUGUUACCGUCGCUCGGUUGUACAUUGCAUAUCCAAAUCCUCAGGAAUGGCAGUACACAGGCCUUUCAGGAGCCAUUGCGAUUGUUGAUGAUAUUGUUGGGCACACCUUUUUUCUGAAGCUGGUAGAUAUUAGCGGCCAUAGGGGUGUUCUAUGGGACCAAGAGUUAUACGCAAACUUUGAGUAUAAUCAGGACCGCACGUUCUUUCAUACUUUUGAAUUAGAAGAUUGCUACGCUGGUCUCCUUUUCGAAAAUAUAGAAGAGGCAGCUCAUUUCCUGAAAAGGGUUCAAAAACGUGAGAAAUAUGGUUCGAAGAAGACACUGUCAAAUAAGAAUGCUAUAGCAUUGACCAAAAAGGUGCAAGAAGAACAGGCAUCCCAUACAAUUCAUGGGCCAAGAGGCGAGUCUUUGAUAAGCGACCAAAGGCAGAGAUAUAAGUAUGAUGAUGCUGAAGAAAUACCUUCCGGCAGGAAAAAAGCACCUCCACCACCUCCACCAGUUGAUACAAGCUCAACAUUCGAUUCUUUCACAGCCAGUGCAAAAGAAGAUGAGUAUAGUGGGAGUGAUUUUACGUCUGACUACACCUCAGCUUCGAAUACACCAGCUCCACAAGAACAUCAUACGAAGCAUGCACUACCGCCCCUUCCAGCGCAAUUUUCGCAUCAGCCUUCUAACCCUCCAAUACCUUCGGUCCCAGCACCACCAGCGCCACCAACACUACCAGCUCAAGGAGCUCCAUUCCUUACAUCACAACCGUCAGCACCCCAAACAUCACAAAAUCACUCCGCUGCAUCACCGUACUCAUCAUCCGCUGCCGUCCAAAAUCCGUCAGCCCCACAGACACCAAACAAUCCUUUCCCGAUGCCAAUUCCUCAAACGCAAAACAACUCUUUCCCAAUGCCCAUCCCACAAGCGCAAAACAACUCUUUCCCAAUGCCAAUCCCACAGCCCACCCACUCUCAACCAAUUCCUCCACCUUUCUCACAACAAACAAGGCCAACUCCGUCCCUUCCAGGUAAUAAUCAGAGACCGGUUCCUGGGGUGCCACCGAGAAAUAACGGACCUCCGGUUCCUCCUUCGAGGCGUGGACCUGCUCCUCCACCGCCUCCUCGCAGAAGCACAACACACCAAGCAGGACUCCAACCACAGCCAGCGGUUCCAAGCCGGAUUCCCUCAAGUGGGGGAAAUAGGCCGGUCCCCCCACCACCUCCCAGGCGAGGCCCAGUACCUCCUCCUCCUCCAAGAUCUUCGAGAGGUGCACAGAGUAAUAGUUAUCCAUCAACUGCUCCACAACCAUAUGCGCCUCAGCAGCAAUUCCAACAGCACUCUAAUACAGUGCCAGUAAACCAGUCGGGAAUCCCUCCCCCACCUGCAUUUCCUACACAACCACAAGCAUCUGCUCCCGCACCUCCACCUCCACCUCCACCUAUGUUUGCCCAGCAAAAUUCUGCCCCAGCUCCACCUCCGCCUCCUAUGCCACCUCAAGCGACGUCUGCUGCACCACCACCGCCCCCUCCUGCAUUUUUAUCCCAAGCUCAAUCGAAUGCAUCAGGAGCUGGACAAGGGGGAGCUCAAAGUGACUUUGUGGAGUCAACCGGCGAUUCGGGUCGGGACGCCUUGCUAGCAUCCAUUAGAGGAGCAGGAGGCAUUGGAGCUUUACGGAAAACUGACAAAUCCCAGCUGGAAAAACCAUCUGUUCUGCUUCAAGAAGCCCGUGGCGAGCCACCAGCGACAACCUCCAACAGCGCUUCAACGGGGGGAGCUCCAGGCGGUGCUCCUUCUUCCCUUGCGGACGCUCUUGCUGCUGCAUUAAAUCAAAGAAAAAGCAAGGUUGGCCAUACAGAGGAUGAUUACGACAAUGGCGAUGAUUGGUAA